GAAAGACCCGCGGGGGCUUUCUCGUUGCCGUCGCGCUUUUAGAGCUGCCCGCAGCCGCCUGCAAACCGCUCCAGCGCCGUGGCGGCGGCUCCAAAAAUCCCGCGGCGGGCACGGGGCGGGCGCGGCGAUCCCGCUUCGUCCUUCCGUGCUGCCCGCGGCAUCGGCAGCGGUGCUGCGGCGGCCCGCGGCGCCCGGCGGGGCUGCCCGGCGCGGGGUGCCGGCGAUGUCCGGGUCCCGGGCGGCUCCUCCCGGUUGAGCGGCGGCUCCGCGCGGGCCCCGCGCCCUCCCCGCGCCGCGGGCUCCGGCACCCGCGGCCCGCCCGAGCGGGCAUGAGGCGGAGCGGCGGCGGCACAAAGGCUCCUGCGGGGCUGCGCGUUGCCUGAAGCGGCGCCGGGCCCGCCGCGCCCCGCGGGGCGAUGUCGCAGGAUCACGACAUGGACAAGACGAUCAAGGAAACCUCCAUUUUAGAGGAAUACAACAUAAACUGGACUCAGAAGCUGGGAGCUGGGAUCAGUGGGCCUGUUAGAGUCUGCAUGAAAAAAUCCUCCCAAGAACGCUUUGCACUGAAAAUCCUCCUCGAUCGUCCAAAAGCUCGAAAUGAGGUACGUCUGCACAUGAUGUGUGCAACACAUCCCAAUAUUGUUCAAAUAAUUGAAGUUUAUGCUAACAGUGUGCAGUUCCCACAUGAAUCCAGCCCCAGGGCUCGGCUCCUAAUUGUAAUGGAGAUGAUGGAAGGGGGAGAGCUCUUCCACAGAAUCAGCCAGCACCGGCACUUUACUGAGAAGCAAGCGAGCCAAGUAACAAAGCAGAUAGCUUUGGCUUUGCAGCAUUGCCACUCACUAAACAUUGCACACAGAGACCUCAAGCCUGAGAAUCUCCUCUUCAAGGAUAACUCUCUGGAUGCACCUGUUAAAUUGUGUGACUUUGGGUUUGCCAAAGUAGACCAAGGUGACUUGAUGACACCCCAGUUCACUCCCUAUUAUGUAGCACCUCAGGUAUUGGAGGCACAAAGAAGACAUCAGAAAGAAAAGUCUGGUAUUAUCCCCACCUCUCCAACCCCUUACACUUACAACAAGAGCUGUGACCUGUGGUCCCUGGGGGUGAUUAUCUACGUGAUGCUGUGUGGGUACCCCCCCUUUUACUCCAAGCACCACAGCCGGACGAUUCCCAAGGACAUGAGGAAAAAGAUCAUGACAGGAAGCUUCGAGUUCCCAGAGGAGGAGUGGAGCCAGAUCUCAGAAAUGGCAAAAGACAUUGUGAGAAAGCUGCUGAAGGUCAAACCUGAGGAACGUCUCACCAUUGAAGGGGUGUUGGACCAUCCCUGGCUCAAUUCCACAGAGGCCCUGGACAACAUUCUGCCCUCUGCCCAGCUGAUGAUGGACAAGGCCAUGGUGGCAGGGAUCCAACAGGCUCAUGCAGAACAACUUGCAAACAUGAGAAUCCAAGACCUCAAAGUGAGCCUGAAGCCCCUUCACUCCGUGAACAACCCGAUCCUGCGCAAGCGGAAACUCCUGGGCACCAAGCCAAAGGAUGGUGUUUACAUCCAUGACCCUGAGAAUGGAAGCAAUGAUUCCAACGUGGCUCUGGAGAAGCUGAGAGAUGUGAUUGCUCAGUGCAUUCUACCACAGGCUGGUAAAGGAGAGAAUGAAGAUGAGAAGCUGAAUGAAGUGAUGCAGGAGGCCUGGAAAUACAACAGGGAGUGCAAAUUGCUGCGAGACACCCUGCAGAGCUUCAGCUGGAAUGGCAGAGGAUUCACAGACAAAGUGGAUCGACUAAAACUGGCAGAAAUCGUCAAACAAGUGAUUGAAGAGCAAACAAAUUCCCACGACUCUCAAUAGCUGGAGCUUCUUAAUCUUAUUUUUUUUACCAUUUAAGAUUUAUUCUUUAACUGUAAAAAGUAUUUUUAUGUAAAUUAAUAAAUCAUAAUUAUUUCAUUAAAUUUCCAUACUGCUUGAAAAUGCUGUAUAGUUGUAGAUACAAAAAAAAAAUCAUUGGUACUGUAAUAUUUUUUUAAAACUCAGUUCCUUGAGGUAUAUAUGAUCACUUAUGUACUGUUAAUCAUGAGCCCCACAAAUGGGGUGGAUUUUAUUGUUAAAAACCAUUCUUUUUCUUAAUAACCAGUUGCAGAAGCUGCCUUUCACCUGCCACAUCCAGCCCCUGCAGUAACUGUAUGCGAAGGAGAGCCACAGUUUCUCAAACCCCUGCUCAGUGAGUACUUGAAGCAAGUGCAAAUUCACAGCUCCCCUAGAUUGGCACCUAGAUUCCAGUUCUUUAGGUAGAGAAAAAUCAAUUAAAUACCCUUCAGUUUGGCUUGGUGCCUGGCCCAGGCACCUGAGGCUAUGUGCUUGCUGAAAUUUUCAGUUCUGAGCAGUGACUCUCUUUUUUUGUCAUCUUCCCCAUCUCCCUCAGACCUUCUUUAAGGCUUAACCUCCUCUCUUUCUUUCUCCUCAUCUUCCUCAGAGCUUUUUUAAGGCUGAAUCAGCCAUUCAGCACAAAACUUAUCUUUUUCUCACCUUGUCCAUCAGCAGAACAGAAGAA